AUGGCCGACAUUGUAGCAACGAGGGUUUUUACAGACAGCAAGAUCAAACCCCUUCUAAAUAGGUGCCCUGGCGGUGAGGACAUUAGGACAAGAGACUCUGCCUUACUUCAAAAUACUGUCAGGCCCAAUCGCGAUGACUCUGCAGCGUGCCAUCCGCGACCAAACUCGACACCCUCUCAAACUGCUAUAUAUGAGGAUGAUAAUCUGCAGACUGCCCUCGACGAAAGGGAACUUAUUGAUUCAUUCAGAGCCCUUCCUCCGAAAGAACAGUCGGUGAUGAUGCAAAGAUUUGACACGCUUAAAUCUCAGCUUUUGCAAGUCCAACAUAGAGGGGAAGAUACUAACGAUGUCUCAAAUAAUCCCACUGGGGCCCACCGGACAGAAGUGGUUGACCUUCUUCAGCUCAGCCCCACUCUGAAUUCAAAAACCAUCCGACAAGACUCAAAUCUUCAAGUUGCUUCUGCAGCGUGCGCUACAUCACGAGACGACCAGGCUCUGCCAUCCUCACUGAACCUUCAUCCAUAUUCAACAACCAACAUACCUAAGGACGAAAUUCUGAUUUCUCUGCUUGACUCAAAUCCCUCUUUAACUCACUCAUCUAUGCCAGAGCUAGAAUCUUCUCCAGUUUCGUCCAGAUAUAGAAGUAGUCCACAAGUGAUGCCCCUGAGAGAGUCUUCCGCAAUUUCCACCUCCGUGAUGCCCCUCAAUUACCUCCUUCAAAGGAAACUGCGAAUGUUACACCUCGGGACCCGCCGUCAGAAAUGA